CGGCGAGUGACGUCACCGAAUGUUGUUGUCGGGGCGGGCGGGGCCCCGCUGCAAAGAUGGAGGGGCGGCGGGGCGCGCGCGGGGCGGCGCGGCCGGGCACCGCGCAGGGCUCCUGGGCGGUGCGGGCACAGCCCCAGUGCCUCGGCCGGCGCUGACGGCAUCUCCGGACACCUGCCUCUCUGCACCCCCCCCUCCACCGCUGUCACCCGUCAGCCACCAUGGACCCCCAGAGCGACACAGAGGGGGGGUCCAGCCGUGAGCCCUCGCUGGAGCUCCUGUCCCGUGCCCAGCUCCAUGCUGCGCUCCCUGCCCCAGGGGUGGAGGGGCCAGCGGAGGCGUGCGGGGAGUGCCGGGGGCCAGGGCUGGAUGCAGCGGCGCGGGAGCGGCAGCUGCAGCGGGAGCUGCUGGCCCUCAAGCAGCAGCAGCAGCUCCAGAAGCAGCUGCUCUUCGCCGAGUUCCAGAAGCAGCAUGAGCACCUCACCCGCCAGCACGAGGUCCAGCUCCAGAAGCACCUCAAGCAGCAGCAGGAAGUGCUGGCUGCCCGCCGGCAGCAGGAGCUGGAGCAGCAGCGGCAGCGGGAGCGGCAGGAGGCCCUGGAGCAGCAGCAGCGCCUGGAGCAGCUGCACGCCCUGCGCACCAAGGACAAGAGCCGUGAGAGCGCCAUCGCCAGCACGGAGGUGAAGCUGAAGCUGCAGGAGUUCCUGCUCAGCAAGACGAAGGAGCCGGGCACCGGCCCCCCCAACCAUUCCCUCCCCCAGCACCCCAAAUGUUGGGCUCACCACACCUCGUUGGACCAGAGUUCCCCCCCCCAGAGCGGCAGCCGGGGACCCCCCCCCUCCUACAAACUGCCCCUCCUCGGCACCUACGACGGCCGGGAUGACUUCCCGCUCCGCAAAACCGCCUCCGAACCCAACCUGAAAGUGCGCUCGCGGUUAAAACAGAAGGUGGCGGAGCGGCGGAGCAGCCCGCUGCUGCGGAGGAAGGACGGCACCGUCAUCAGCACCUUCAAGAAACGAGCCAUCGAGAUCACGGUGUCCUCGGUGUGCAGCAGCGCCCCGGGCUCUGGGCCCAGCUCCCCCAACAGCUCCCACAGCGCCAUCGCUGAGAACGGCUUCACCGGCUCCGUCCCCAACAUCCACGCUGAGCAGCUCCUGCCCCAGCACCGAGCCCUCACCCUGGACGGCACCAGCCAGCUCAGCCUCUACACGUCCCCGUCCCUGCCCAACAUCUCCCUGGGGCUGCAGGCCACUGUCACCGUCACCAACUCCCACCUCAACGCGUCCCCCAAGCUGUCCCCGCAGCAGGUGGAGGCCGAGCGCCCGGCGGUGGCCACGCUGCGUCCCGGGGCCGCCCUCAGCGGCAAGUUCCUGAGCACUUCGUCCAUCCCGGGCUGCCUGCUGGGGGUGGCCCUGGAGGGGGACCCCCCCGCCGGCCCCGCGUCCCUGCUGCAGCAUGUCCUGCUGCUGGAGCAAGCACGGCAGCAGAGCACCCUCAUUGCCGUGCCACUGCACGGGCAGUCGCCGCUGGUGACGGGGGAGCGUGCGGGCAGCGUGCGCACGGUGAGCAAGCUGCCACGGCACCGGCCCCUCAGCCGCACGCAGUCGUCCCCCCUGCCCCAGAGCCCCCAGGCGCUGCCCCACGGCGCCCUGCCCCACGGCGCCCUACAGCACCACUUCCUCGACAAGCAGCAGGUCCAGCUGGGCAAGCUGCUCCCCAAGCCGGGGGAGCUGGCGCGGCAGCCCCCCACCCACCCCGAGGAGACGGAGGAGGAGCUGACAGAGCAGCAGUCGCCCCCGCCGGGGGAUGGGGUGUCCCCCGGUGCCCCCCUUGCCCUCACCUCCGCGGAUGCCGGGGACUCCCCGGAGCGGCUGCAGGACCCCGAGGGCUGCGGGGUGCCCUGCGACGAGCCAGGUGACAGUGGGGACGAGGCUGAGAUCCCCGGGGUCCCCGAUGCUGCUGAGCUGGGCGUCACCUACAAACAGGUGUUCCCCGAGGCGCAGCUGCAGCUGUAUCCUGCCACCUCCUUGGGCAUCCUGGCGCUGCCCCACCCAGCCCUCGCCCGCACCCAGUCGUCCCCCGCCGGUGCCGGCAUCAAGCCCCCUGCGCCCGACGGGCCCCCAAAGCACCUCUUCACCACAGGCGUGGUGUACGACACGUUCAUGCUGAAGCACCAGUGCACCUGCGGGAACACCAACAUCCACCCUGAGCACGCCGGCCGCAUCCAGAGCAUCUGGUCCCGCCUGCAGGAGACUGGCCUCCUUGGCAAGUGCGAGCGUAUCCGGGGCAGGAAGGCGACACUGGAGGAGAUCCAGACAGUGCAUUCGGAGCAUCACACGCUGCUCUAUGGCACCAGCCCCCUCAACCGUCAGAAGCUCGACAGCAAGAAGCUCCUCGGUCCCAUCAGCCAGAAGAUGUACACGGUGCUGCCGUGCGGGGGCAUCGGGGUGGACAGUGAUACGGUGUGGAAUGAGAUGCACUCGUCCAGUGCUGUGCGCAUGGCGGUGGGCUGCCUGGUGGAGCUCGCCUUCAAGGUGGCUGCCGGAGAGAUCAAGAAUGGCUUUGCUGUCAUCCGCCCCCCAGGACACCACGCAGAGGAGUCCACAGCCAUGGGCUUCUGCUUCUUCAACUCGGUGGCCAUCUCUGCCAAACUGCUCCAGCAGAAGCUCAGCGUGGGCAGGAUCCUCAUCGUGGACUGGGACAUCCACCAUGGGAACGGCACCCAGCAAGCCUUCUACAGCGACCCUGACGUCCUCUACAUCUCCCUGCACCGCUAUGAUGAUGGCAACUUCUUCCCAGGCAGUGGGGCGCCCGAGGAGGUGGGCAGCGGGAUGGGAGUGGGCUACAACAUCAACAUCGCCUGGACCGGUGGCGUCGACCCCCCCAUCGGGGACGUGGAGUAUCUCACUGCCUUCAGGACCGUGGUGAUGCCCAUUGCCAACGAGUUCUCCCCAGACAUGGUGCUGGUCUCGGCUGGCUUCGAUGCUGUCGAGGGUCACCUCUCCCCACUCGGUGGCUACUCCGUCACCGCCAAAUGUUUUGGCCACUUGACAAAGCAGCUGAUGAUGCUGGCGGGGGGCCGGGUUGUGCUGGCGCUGGAGGGGGGGCAUGACCUGACAGCCAUCUGUGAUGCCUCGGAGGCCUGCGUCUCCGCUCUGCUCGGCCUGGAGCUGGAGCCCCUGGAUCCAUCCCUCCUACAGCAGAAGCCAAAUGUGAAUGCGGUGGCCACCCUGGAGAAGGUCAUAGAGAUCCAGAGCAAGCACUGGGGCUCGGUGAAGCGCUUCGCGGCGGCGGUGGGCUGCUCGCUGCUGGAGGCGCAGAAGGGGGAGGCGGAGGAGGCUGAGACGGUGACAGCCAUGGCCCUGCUCUCGGUGGGCGCCGAGCAGGGGGGUGCCAACCCCCAGCCCAGGCCGGCGGAGGAGCCGAUGGAGGCUGAGCCGGCGCUGUGACCUGCCAUCCCCCAGCUGAGGUUUUUUUUCUGUUUCUGAAGAAGAGACACCAAGAAGAGAAGAGAAACACACACACAAAAAUCACAUUUAAAAGAAAAAAAAAAACCCAACACAUAAAGGGGGAAAAAAAAAAAAAAAAGAAAAAACCCCAAACAACUGAAAUGGAAGAAACCAGGAGGAAAAACAGAAAAAAGAAGAAAAUAUUUUCUUUUUCUAUUAAAAAGAGGAGAAAAUCACAAAAAAAUACCACCCCCCCGUCCCGUUGGACCCCAGCUCCACGCAGUGUUUGCGGUUGUGUCUCUCGUGAAGCAUCAGUUCCACCAGCACUCCCGCCCCCUCUGUCCGUCCCUCUGUCCGUCUGUCCAUCCGUUGGAUUUUCCCAUCGCUGCCUGCCCGCCCCCCUGCCCCCCCCCCCCGCCCCCGGGCCCGCAGCGGCUCCUCUUUUUUUUUUUUUCCCCGAAGAUUUUUUUUUUCCUUCUUUUCUCUCUCUUUUUUUUUUCCCCACCCCACCACCCCCCCACUUGUUCCCUCCCCAGCUCCAGUGUCCGUCCGUCCCCCAGGGAAAGGCGAUGGGAAAUAUUUGUGCCUUUAAUUAAAUCUUUUUUUUUUUUUUUUUUUUUUAAUGCCUUAAUUUCCCUGUGAUUUUUUGGGAUUUUUUUUCUUUUAUCUUUUCCCCCCUUUGACAUCCCUGUAUCAGAGUGGGACGCAAGACAUAGGGGACAAGCCCCGUUCCUGUCCCUUUGUCACCCUGGGUCAAUGGGUGAUGGAUCCCAGCACCACCACUGGGAUAAAACUUUGUCUGCUCUUAAAAAGAGAGGAGAAAAAAAGGAAAAAAGACACACACACACGCAAAAAAAAAAAAAAAAAAAAAAAAAAGGAGGAAAAAAACCCACUUGAUUUUCCUGUUACUUCACCAGCCAGAGGGGACUUGGAGCGAUCUUAGCUUUAAAAGAGGGAGAGAGAAAAACCCACACAAAACAAAGGUAUAUAAUUUUAUUACAGAUGUAUUAUUUAAUAGUAUUUUUUUAAUGGGUGGGUCCCGGGGCGGAGGGGGAGGAUGGGGACAGCGCUUCGUGUUUUAAGUUAUUCCUGGGGGUUUUGGGUUGGCUGCAGGGCAUCCCCAAAUCAGGGGGGUGGUGGCGGAGAUGGGGGUGAGCAUGUGCCCUGUCACCUCCGGCGGCCCUGGAGGCGGACCCUGGCUCAGAGCAACAGGUGGGGAAGGAGGAAAGGGGUGUCACUGGGGGUGACCCCAGCCCGGUUGUCCCCAACGCUAAGGACAACACCUUGCCCCAAGGUGGGGCUCUGUUGGGUGGCAGUGUCAGCCCAGGACCCUUCCCAUCCCUCCCCUUUAGUAGUGGGUGGGUCACAGCCCACAGCCCCCCAUCCCAGGAGGGAGAAACACCUCACCUAGAAACCAACCACCUCCCGGGGGGGGGGGGGCGAGGGGUACCGGCCCCCCGGCAGUGAGGCUGUCUUGCUUUGGGCUGGUGUCUGUGUCCCCCUGCCCUGUUCCCCCCCAGCCCUGCCUCGGUUUCUUUUCUGUCUGUCCGACGCCCGCUCGCGCGCUCUUGAUAUGGUUUUCAGUUGAGUAUUUUGUAAGAUGUUACCGAUGUUCGUCCUUGUAUAAAUAAAACUGUUUCUGGCAAUA